AUGUGCUCUCCCCGUGGCUCGCGCCCGGUGGUCGCUGAGGCGGCGUGGCGGCUUCGGUCAUGGGGCGCCCAGCGCGACAUCUCCGAGGGAAUCGGGACUGCCAAGGCUUUUUCCCAUUCCUCAUCUGCUGACUCCGCCUCCUCUCUUCCACGUUCGGGAGUCCGUUUCUCGGCUUCUUCUGCCCGAGGUUUGACUUUGUGGGAUGAUAAAACUCUAAAAAAGAACACAGUUGAAAGCUCUCAGCACAGCAGUGCAUUUGACACGUCUGCAUCUGACUCCAUUGAAUCCAAGUCCUCUCUGCUGGGUGUUGAUGCUUCUCUGAAGGUCAGUUAUAUGUGUGGACUGAUUGAAGUUGGAGGAUCUGCCAAGUAUUUGAAUGAUACGAAGAAAUUCAAGAAUCAGAGCAGAGUGACGUGUCAGUACAAAGCUACCACACACUUCAGAAAGUUGUCAAUGACUCACCUUACAACUAUGGACACACAACAAAUAGAUGUUAUUCAAAAGAGCUCUGCAACUCAUGUAGUCACAGGCAUCCUUUAUGGAGCAAACGCUUUCUUUGUGUUUGACAGUGAGAAGUUAGACGCCAGCAGCGUUCAGGACUUUCAGGGCAGCAUGGAAGCUGUGAUACAGAAGAUCCCCAAAUGUAAUGUUGAGGGGAAAGUUGAACUCAAGCUGAGUAAAGAAAAACAAGACCUGAUUGAGAAAUUCUCCUGCAAAUUCUACGGAGACUUCAUUCUUGAAAGCAACCCAGCAACAUUUGAAGACGCAGUGAAGACCUACAUACAACUUCCAAAGCUGCUGGGAGAAAAGGGAGAGAACAGUGUUCCACUGAAGGUCUGGCUGAUGCCACUGAAGAAGUUUUAUUCAGAAGCUGCUGAGCUGGUGAGAGAGAUCAGUGUUGGACUAGUGAGCAAGAUAGAGUAUGCUCUGGAAGAUUUAAGUCAAGUGGGAAUGAGAUGCAACGAUUCUCUGGACGACAGAGUGGUGGAGAAUUUACCACAGAUUCAAGAAGAGUUAAGCACUUUCCAAAAACUGUGUAAUGAUUAUGCAACUAAACUCCAACAGACCAUGGAGAAGAAACUUACCUCGAUCAGAGCAGGUAAAGAAGAUGAGAGCUCAACAGAAAAAGUCCUUGAAGACAGAGACAAGUCACCAUUCAGUCAUGAGAAACUAAGCAAGUGGAUGGAAGACAAAGAGAGAGAAAUCAACAUCAUCAGGUCCUGUGUAGAAAAGAUGGAGGGAACACAGAUUGUCCACAAUAAGUCAGAGCUGGACAGAGAAGUUCUCGGUGUGGAGGAUGCUCUGUGCUUUCUUUUCACCUCCAUGGAAAGGGGGGACACCUACCUUGAUGUGAUGGCCGACUACUUGGACUCACAUAAAUUAGGAAGUACCUAUGAAAGUCCGUGGUACUACUCAGAAGAAGUUGUAACCAAAAUGAGAGAAAAAGCCAAAUCUUUCUCUUAUCUUGCCAAAGCACUGAAGAACAACAGCCGAUACCGUUUCCUUAUAGCAGCCAUAGCAAAUAAGAAAUACACAGGAGCAACCAUCUACCAUUACAAGGAGGGCAUUCUGGUCUCUGAGGAGUUCUCAAAGCCUGACCUCCCUCCUGUGGAGAAAAUCACAGACAGAAGAGAUCUGAUCUGGUAUGCCUGUGAUCUCACCCUGGACCCAAACACUGUGAACAACUACCUCACUCUGUCUGACGAGAACAAAAAGGCAACAUGUGGAGCGUGGCAGAGAUAUCCUGAUCACCCAGAGAGGUUUGGUGCACGUCCUCAGGUGAUGUGCAGAGAGAGGUUAAAGGGGCGCCAUUACUGGGAGGUAGAAUGGAGGAAUUCUUUCUAUGAAUCUGUUUACACAGGUGUUGCAUACAAGGGAAUUGAAAGAAAAGGAGACAGUUCACAGAGCGAGCUUGGAAGUAAUACCAUGUCGUGGUGUUUUGGCCAGUAUGGCUUUCUGAAAUCCACACUUCACGCAUAUCAUAAUGGCAGGGUGUGGAGCGAUGCUUUUCCCUCUGACUGCAAAAGAGUUGGAGUGUUUCUGGACUGGCCUGCUGGCACUCUGUCCUACUACAGAGUCUCUGACAAACUGAGUCACCUCUACACCUUCAAGAACAUUCAGUUCACUGAGCCUGUUUACCCGUGUUUCUCGGUUGGACAACGAUACAAUUAUGUGUACCUUCGUCCAUUCGAAUAA